AUGUUGCAAACAGUUCGCGAAUUAUUUUGCGAAGAAGCUGGCAGCAAAUCGGUAAGUGGACCACCCAUAUCGCUCUAUAGGGACCACCCAUAUUUCUCCAGAUCCUCAACAGUGGUUGGCGUAAUUCAACAGGUAUUCCACAUAUCACGGAAUGUGCGCAACAUAUCGAUUUUUCGACGAUUCCAACGUUGUUUCUUGUUGUUUUUAGUCCGAUUUUGUUUUAUCAACUUCAUCAAAGUCGACAAUCUCAUCUUCGAAGUUGUUCUCCGAUUUGUCUAAGGAUUGUGAGUUUUUCUAGGCUUGUAGAUCAUUUGAAGACCUUUGAGGAGCUGAGUUAGAGAUCUAGACCACUAGAGAGGGUAGAGAAUCAGAGUUUUUCUUCCAGAUUUUAUGUUGCUUCCUUGUUUUUGAUCUCACAAUUGCAAUUGGCUAUAAUUUCUACUUGAAAUAUAUAAAUUCGGAAGAUUUUAGACAAAUUAUUUUAUAUGGUGAUUUGGUGCAGUAUAUUGGUGAGUUAGCACAAAUCAAUAAAAAUCAAUCAAUAAAUCCGAAAUUCCAGGAUUCUGUUUCGCAUUAACAUUAACAAUUGCUUGUCGAAAUCGUGGUAUAAUUACAUCAGGUGUCAUUUUCAUCUAUUGGGUUUUGGUAGUAUUAUGUGGCCUGCCAGAAGCUAGAUUCAUUCUAAAUGAUCAAUUCUUCUCCGAACUUCCAAAUCUCAACAAACUUCAAUCAUAUCUCUACCUAGUUUCAUAUGCUCUUUCAAUUCUUCAAUUAUUCUUUGCCUGCUUUGCUGAUACACCAACUGGCGGAUUUUUGGGCAAAAAUUCGAGUCCUGAAUUCACUGUGUCUUUCUUGAAUCAACUCACUUUCGAGUGGUUCACUGGAUUGGCGGUUUUGGGAAAUAAGAAAAGUUUGGAACGCGAGGAUUUGUGGGAUUUGAAUGAGAGAGAUAAAGCGCAUCAGUUGAUUCCGAGGUUUAUGCAAUUUAUGAAACCUGAAAUUGAAAGUGAGUUUUUUUUUUCUGACAUUGAGAAUUUUGAUUAGCUCAAUUUAUUAGUACGCUCGACUAAUUAAUGUGCGAAGAAAUAAUGAAUUUUUUUCAAUAAAAAAUAAAAAUGAGGGGCUCUUGAAUUUUUGGAAUAUUUAGAAACUUUGUGAAACUUUUUAUAAAAAUUUCAGGCACAGAAAUGUCAAAAAGAAAGUUCAGGAACUUUUCAAAAAAAAAAACUAUAUCUGAAAAUUUACUUUUAUAAACGAAAAUAAAAUUUUUUUUUAAUAUCUGAGAUUUUAUACAAACUCUACAGGGACUUUCUGUAAGUUCAAAAAAGGAGAAAAAAUUCUAAAAAUAAAAUUUUUUGUUUUUCUUCCCCCUCCCGAGAGGAGUAGAGAAUGUGCGCUCUAAUGAUAAUGCAUGCGAGAGGAAAUUUUUUCAAUUUUCUGCAGUCAUUUUUUUUCGUCUGUACUUUUUUUUCCCGCUAUCUCUGAUUUUUUUUUUCAAGGGAGGGGGGAGGUUUUUCAAAAAAAAUUCUCGCCGUGAGCUCAAAUCCUUCAAUUUUCCAGACUAUCAACGAAAAACUCGUCAAAACCCUCAAUUGCUCUCCGAUCCAAAAUCGCAUCCCUCAAUUCUCUACCCAAUCUUCAAAACCUACAAGUUCACAUUUUUCGCCGGCGCCGCUUAUAAACUCCUUUUCGAUUUACUUCAAUUUGUCGCCCCCGAACUUUUACGACAAUUAAUCAAUUUCAUUGAGGUGAGAGUUUUUUUGCAAAAGAGACGCAGACACGCUGAGAAACAACACCAGGAAGUUUAUAGAGAGAGGAGAGAGCGCAGAGAAACAACAUUGGGAGAGAGAGAGAGAGAGCGCAGGGAGGAAAAGGGAAGCGAGGUUUCUCUUAUAUGAAAUGUGAGUGUGUAGAAGUGUGUGGGGGUAUAGCUCAGUGGCAGAGCAUUUGAUUGCAGAUCAAGAGGUCCCCGGUUCAAAUCCGGGUGCCCCCUAGUCUUUUUGCAUUUUUUUUUUGAUUUUUUUGUUGUGAACUACAAAGUAUGCUGUAGCCUGAACUAGAAGGUAUACUGUAGAAACCUUUAGAAAGGUUUUAAUGUCUUGGGAAGCCUUGGAACCCUUAAGAACUUCUGAAAAGCCUUCAGAAGCCCAAAAAACUAUGAUUUUUCCAGGAUAAAAAUCAACCACUAUGGAUCGGAAUUGCAAUCGCAUCUCUGAUGUUCCUAUCAGCCCUAUUCCAAUCAAUGAUCUUACAUCAAUAUUUCCACGAAAUGUUCAGACUUGGAAUGAAUAUUCGAAGUGUUCUCACAUCAGCAGUCUACACAAAAACCAUGAAUUUAUCAAAUGAAGCUCGAAAAGGAAAAACAACCGGAGCAAUUGUGAAUCUGAUGUCCGUUGAUAUUCAAAGAAUUCAAGAUAUGACAACUUUCAUCAUGCUUUUCUGGUCAGCUCCCCUUCAAAUAUUGCUCAGUUUAUACUUUUUAUGGAAACUUCUUGGUGUCUCAGUUCUCGCUGGUUUCUUGAUCUUACUCUUGAUGAUCCCAUUCAAUUCUUUCAUCUCGAUUAAAAUGAGGAAUUGUCAAAUGGAACAAAUGAAGUAUAAAGAUGAAAGGAUCAAAAUGAUGUCUGAAAUUUUGAAUGGGAUGAAAGUGCUGAAAUUGUACGCAUGGGAAAAAUCUAUGGAAAAAAUUGUGCUGGAAAUUCGAGAGAAAGAGAUUCGAGUGUUGAAACGAUUAGCCUAUCUCAACGCAGCCACCACAUUCUCUUGGGCGUGUGCACCAUUCUUGGUGGCUGUGCUAACCUUCGGAUUGUAUGUUCUCUGGGACCCGGAGAACAAUAUUCUAACACCACAAAUCACCUUCGUCGCCCUGGCGCUCUUCAACAUUCUGCGAUUCCCUCUCGCAGUUUUUGCGAUGGUUUUCAGUCAAGCAGUACAGUGCGCAGCAAGUAACACAAGACUCAAAGAAUUUUUUGCAUCGGAGGAGAAUUCACCACAAAUAUCGAUUGGUUAUGGUGGAACGGAUAGUGCUGUGAAGGUGAAAAAUGGUGUAUUCAGUUGGGGUUCGAAGGAUGAGGAUAAGACUUUGCAUGAUAUUAAUUUGGAUAUUAAACGUGGACAAUUGGUGGCGAUUGUUGGAAGAGUUGGGUCCGGAAAAUCUAGUUUGCUCCAUGCGUUGUUGGGUGAGUUUUUAGGGAACUUGGAUUUUUAAGCUCAGGUUUAAGCUUAGACUUAGCCUCAAAUAGCGUUCAUAAAGGUAGAUACUCAAAAAGUUUUCAUAGAAUUUGCAAAAUUUUAAAGAAAUGGGUUGAUCCACAAAAACUUUCGGGGAGCUUUUUUUGUGAAUUAUGAUUUUUUGAAAACGAGAGAGCCCAGAGAGUCCAGAGAACCUUUAAAAAAUUCCAAAAUUUUCCAGGAGAAAUGCACAAAGCAUCCGGAAGUGUAGACAUCAAUGGAUCUUUGGCCUAUGUCCCCCAACAAGCAUGGAUUCAAAAUAUGACUUUACGAAAAAACAUCCUCUUCUCAAAACCCUUCGAUAAAACAUACUAUGAUCAAGUUAUCAGUGCAUGCGCCUUGAAUCAAGAUUUAUCGAGUUUACCAGCUGAAGAUUUGACUGAAAUUGGAGAGAAGGGUAUUAAUUUAUCGGGAGGGCAAAAACAACGAGUCUCGCUGGCUCGCGCGGUUUAUUCAAAUACUGAAGUUGUGCUUUUGGAUGAUCCACUAAGUGCGGUUGAUGCUCAUGUUGGAAAACAUAUUUUUGAAAAUGUGAUUUGUGAGUUUGAAUGGCCAAAAUUUAUGUAAAAUUCAAAAAAUUGUAUUUUUACAGCUUCUGCCACUGGAAUCUUGGGCACCAAAACCCGAAUCCUUGUCACUCACGGUUUAACCUAUCUAAAACACUGUGAUCAAGUAAUCGUUGUCAAAGACGGAACCAUCAGUGAAUCUGGAACUUAUUCCGAAUUAAUGAGCAGCAAUGGAGCAUUUUCCGAAUUUUUGGAAGAAUUUUUGCUGGAAGAAUCAAAGCAUCGUGGAAGAAGUGUUAGUUUUGGAGAAGACUCAAAAGAAGUUGAUGAAAUUUUGAAAGAUUUGGAUCAAGUUAGUCCAGCGAUUCGGGCGAGGAUUCAAAGUCAAAUGAGUCAGGAGAUUGAGUCAGAAGACAAAAAUGCUCCAAACCCAAUUCAAAAUGAGGAGAAAACGGCGCUUCUUGGAGAAAAGAAAAAUGAAAUGGCUCCAGUUCCACCAAAACCCAAAAAUCAAUUGAUUGAUAAAGAGAUGGUUGAGACUGGAAAUGUUAAGAUGGAAAUUUAUAUGACUUAUUUCAAGUCGAUUGGUCUUCCGAUUGCUGGAUUGUUUAUUUUUGUCUAUAUUGCAAGUAGUAUUUUGGGAGUUUUUAGUAAUUUAUAUUUGGCAAGAUGGUCUGAUGAUGCGAAGAAGAUUGCUGCAAGUUCGAAUGGAACUAGUUCGGAGACACAUGUUCGAUUGGGGGUUUAUGCGUUGCUUGGAAUGGGACAAGGUUGGUCAAGACUUCCAGAACUCAAAAAUAACCAAUAAUAUUUCCAGCCCUCUCCGUGUGCACAGCUUCAAUAAUCAUGGCUCUUGGAAUGGUUCGAGCCAGUCGUUUGCUUCACUCAAAUCUUCUCGCAAAUAUCAUGAGAUCCCCAAUGGCUUUCUUCGAUGUUACCCCAUUGGGCAGAAUUUUGAAUCGAUUUGGAAAGGUUUGAAAAAUCGAUUUUGAAAAAAUGUGGAACCCGAAAAUCAGAAAACCCAGUAAAAUCUUCUAGAAAAUCAAAAAAUUUAGUCAGAACUUCUAAAUGAUCAGGAAACUCAUCUAUAACUUCUAGAAAAUAAGUAAAUUCAGCUAGAAGCUUCAAGAGAUCAGAAAACCCAGCUUAAACUUCUAGAAGACCAGAAAACCCCGCUAGAGGUUCUAGAGGAUUAUAAAACCCAUUUAGAUCUUCUGGAAGAUCAGAAAAUCCAUGGAUAACAUCUAGAAUGUCUGCUAGAGGUUCUUAAAGAUUAGAAAACCCAGGGAGACCUCAGAAAUUUCAUCUAUAACAUCUGUAAGCUCAAAAAAUUCAGCAAAAUUUUCCAGUAGAUCAAAAAAUCCCCAUCCCACUAACCUUCAAUCCCAACCCCUUCUCAAAAAAAACGCCUCUCAAACACAGGACAUUGAAGCAGUUGACACCACACUACCACACUCAUUCCGCGCCAUGGUGAUGACUGUAUUUGGUGUCUUUUCGACACUAUAUGUCAUUGUUUGGGCGACACCAUACGCCAUUAUUGCUUUUAUCAUUUUAAGCCUAUUUUAUAUCAUAGUUCUGGUAGGGGGGUGAAAAAUCAUGUUGUGGUGUGAAAAUGGUGUGAUUUUUGAUGUGUGGUAGUGAGAAUGCUGACUUGAUGUAACUCUGGUGAAUUCAGGAAAUUGAUAUGAUUGACUCGCGUCUGCCGAAUGCUAUUAUGACUGCGGUUGGCGCCGUGAUUCAGGCUGUGAUGAUUUUGGCGGUGCCGAUUUAUAUCGCUCCAGCUGCGUUGAGCAUUAUUGCACCCGUUUUGAUUGCCUACUCUUUUUUGCUGGUUAGCAUGCAUUUUAUUGAUUGAUUUUUUGUGCUUAUGCUUUUUAUGUUGUCCUUAAUGUCCUUUACAAAAUAUGGGGGGAAUAUGGAAAAUGAUCCUUUAAAUUGAGUACUGUAGUGUGCUCCUUUGAAAAUUGUUUUUCAAGAAGUACUGUGUCCCUUUAAAUGUAUCUCAUUCAAACUUAUAUGGAAAAAAUCCGUACUGUAUGUCCCUUUAAAUCUCGUUUAAUGUCUUAGGAUGUGGAAGGUUUGGACGUGGAAAUCCCACGCUCAAUAUCAAUGUUCAUUCGUACAUUUGUGGCGUCUGUGGAAAUUCUAGCUGUUGUGAUGUGGGCGACUCCGACUUCUGCCGCUGCUCUACUACCACUUUUACUAUUGUAUCUUGUUGUUUUGGUAUGUCGUGUAUAUGGUGUCCAAAAACGGAGCACCUUAUGUUCCUUUAAACUUGUCCAGAAACAGGAGACAGGAGACAAAAUUUUCUAUUUUUGGACACCUGAUUGUGAUUUUCUGCUAACUUUGUGGUUGUUUGCCUCACAUGCUUUACUUCUACAUUUUUUAAAAAAAAAUCUGAAAUUUUCAGAGAUUCUACGUAAGCACAUCUCGACAAUUAAAAAGACUCGAAUCCGCUUCAAGAUCUCCAAUCUAUUCGCACUUCCAAGAAUCAAUUCAAGGAGUUUCUUCAAUUCGAGCCUACGGUGUAACCGAUCGAUUCAUUCGAGAAUCACAAAAUCGUGUUGAUGAGAAUCUGGCGACUUAUUAUCCAAGUAUUGUUGCGAAUCGAUGGUUGGCUGUGCGACUUGAACUUGUCGGAAAUCUUAUUGUAUUGUCUUCGGCACUUUUUGCUGUGCUGUUUAGAGAUUCGCCUGGAUUAUCAGCUGGUCUUGUUGGAUUAUCGGUUUCGUAUGCGUUGAAUGUGAGUUCCGUUUUCUAAAUGACAAGGAGCCGCGCCUUGAGAGCUUCUAUGUCAAGCAGCCACGCCUAGGGAGCUUAAAUGUCCAGCGCGUAGAUAGAACUAGAUAGAAAAUUAUGCACCUGCAAUGUUUACCCAAAUUUAAUUAAAUUUUGUGACGUCACAACCUGCAAAAAGAGCGCAGAGAAAAAAUGUUUCCAGAUCACACAAACACUCAACUGGGCGGUUCGAAUGACCAGUGAACUUGAGACAAACAUCGUAGCCGUUGAGAGAAUCAAAGAAUACAGUAUCACCCCAACCGAAGGUCUCGCCAACACCAAACUCGCGCCAACAACUUGGCCACAAUACGGCAAAAUUGCCAUCAAAAACUACAGUGUCAGAUAUCGUCCAGGUUUGGAUCUUGUUUUGAGUGACGUCACCGCGCAUAUUGAUCCGACUGAGAAGAUUGGAAUUGUUGGAAGAACUGGAGCUGGAAAAUCAUCGUUGACGCUGGCACUUUUUAGAAUUAUUGAGGCUGAUGGGGGUUGUAUUGAGAUUGAUGGGACGAAUAUUGCUGAUUUGCAGUUAGAACAACUUAGAUCGAGAUUGACUAUUGUGCCACAAGAUCCCGUUUUGUUCUCUGGAACUUUGAGAAUGAAUUUGGAUCCAUUUUUUGCUUUCAGUAAGUUGGAGAGAGAGGCUAGACACUUAGAAUUUUUUUCAGACGAUGAUCAAAUCUGGGAAGCCUUGAGAAACGCUCAUUUGGAAUCAUUUGUCAGAAGUUUACACGAUGGAUUGUCACACAUGAUUUCGGAAGGUGGAGAAAAUUUGAGGUAAGUUUUGGAAGCCAAAUUAGGCCUAGACUAACCUUAUUUGGACUCAAAAAUUUGCAAAUUUUUAGACCCAAUCCAGAAAAAAACCCAUUUUUCCAGCGUUGGUCAACGUCAACUCAUUUGCCUAGCCCGUGCAUUACUCCGAAAAACCAAAGUGCUCAUUUUGGACGAAGCCGCGGCUGCUGUAGACGUCGAAACUGAUAGUCUUCUCCAAAAAACGAUUCGUGAACAAUUCAAAGAAUGCACAGUUUUAACGAUUGCUCAUCGAUUGAAUACUGUAAUGGAUAGUGAUCGAUUGUUAGUGUUGGAUAAAGGAAAGGUGGCCGAAUUUGAUUCGCCGAAAAAUCUGCUAGCCAAUUCGAAUAGUCUGUUUUAUUCAAUGGCUAAAGAUUCACAGUUACAUUGA